AUGGACUUUUCAGACAAGUGGAGUAAUUUGCCCACCGCUCCCAGUCUAAAGAACUUGACGGACGGAGGGUUUGGCUUACUAAAAGAAACACAACAUGUCCCCGUUCAGGAUCUAACCAAAGCUCACAUUGAGUCGUUUGACCAUAAUGUGUCUCAGGGACUUAGCCGCGUCGUGCAGGCCAUCCCACCUUUGGAGUUUAUGGCCAAAAACGAGCGGGUCAGCCUGUCCUUUGUGGAGGCCACCAUCUACAACCCGGUGGUCGCCAAAGGGAGCAUCUGUAGAGAGAUGAAGGUGUUCCCAGCCGAGUGCCGGGGAAGGAGGUGUUCUUACAAAGGAAAGCUGGUGGCGGACAUCAGCUGGUCCAUCAACGGAGUCCCUAAAGGCAUCAUCAAGCAGUCUCUGGGUCAGGUGCCGAUCAUGGUGAAGUCAAAGCUGUGUAACCUGCACGGCUUGUCUCCUAAAGAGCUGGUUCAGCAUCAUGAAGAAGCAGAGGAAAUGGGAGGUUAUUUCGUCGUGAACGGAAUCGAGAAAGUGAUCCGCAUGCUGAUAAUGCCACGGAGAAACUACCCAAUUGCCAUGACGAGACCCAAGUGGAAGAGCAGGGGUCAGGGAUACACUGAGUAUGGUAUAUCCAUGCGUUGCGUGAGAGAGGAGCACACAGCGAUCAAUAUGAAUCUCCAUUACCUGGAUAACGGGACUGUGAUGUUGAACUUUAUCUAUCAGAAAGAGCUUUUCUUCCUCCCUAUAGGCUUCGUUCUGAAGGCCCUGGUGGACUUCACUGACGUCCAGAUUCACAGGGAGCUGAUCAAAGGGCUUGAGGACAACUCCUUCUAUAAGACCUGUGCGUCAGAGAUGCUGCGCAUCGUCAUGGAGGAGGACUGCACCACCCGCAGCCAGGUGCUGAACUUCCUGGGAGAGCGCUUCAGGGUUAAGCUGAACCUGCCAGAGUGGUACACCAACGAGCAGUGCGCCAUCUUCCUGCUAAAUGAGUGCAUCUGCAUCCACCUGAAGUCGGACACGGAGAAAUUCUACCUGCUGUGUCUGAUGACCAGGAAGCUUUUCACGUAUGCCAAACAGGAGUGCAUGGAAGAGAACCCGGACAGCAUUGUGUGUCAUGAAGUUCUGACCCCUGGUCAGCUCUACCUCAUGUUCCUGAAAGAGAGACUGACUGCAUGGCUUUUGUCGGUGAAGCUGUCCUUUGAGAAAAGGGGAAUCAAGCUGUCUGCAGGAUGGACCACAGAAAACAUGACUAAGAUGUUAGACAUGGGAUCAGACCUGACCAAAUCUUUUGAAUAUUUGCUGGCCACCGGGAAUCUCAGCUCCAAGACGGGCCUCGGCAUGCUGCAGAACACCGGCCUCUGCGUUGUGGCCGACAAGCUCAACUUCAUCCGUUACCUGUCCCACUUCCGCUGCAUCCACCGAGGGGCGGCGUUCGCCAAGAUGAGGACCACCUCCGUUCGGAAGCUGCUGCCCGAGUCCUGGGGUUUCUUGUGCCCCGUCCACACCCCGGACGGAGAGCCCUGUGGACUCAUGAACCACAUGACGGCCAGCUGUGAAAUCGUGGCGGCGACCACACCCACAGCAUCCCUGCCCGCCCUGCUCUGCUCCCUCGGCGUGACUCCGGUGGAUGGAUCUCCCGGUCGGGCCUUCUCAGACUGCUAUCCUGUGAUUGUGGAUGGAGCUGUUGUCGGAUGGGUAGAAACCGACUUGGCCCCAUCUGUUGUUGACUCACUCCGUAGGUUCAAGGUACUGAGAGAGAAGAGGAUCCCUCCCUGGACAGAGAUCGUCCUGGUUCCCGAAACGGGAAAGGCCAGUUUAUAUCCAGGCCUGUAUCUCUUCACGACACCAUGCCGUAUGAUGCGACCCGUCCAAAACUUGGCUCUUGGCAAACAAGAGUUGAUUGGCACCUUUGAGCAGCUGUACAUCAACGUGGGGAUCUUGGAGGAUGAGAUCGAACCAGGUGUGACCACGCACCAGGAGCUCUUCCCUCACAGUAUGCUCAGUGUUGUGGCCAACUUCAUCCCUUACUCGGACCACAACCAGAGCCCCAGAAACAUGUACCAGUGUCAGAUGGGUAAGCAGACAAUGGGCUUCCCCCUGCACUCGUUCAUGGACCGCUCCGAUAACAAACUGUACCGACUGCAGACUCCACAAAGCCCCCUCGUCAGGCCCUACAUGUACGACCACUACAACCUGGACAACUACCCCAGCGGCACCAACGCCAUCGUGGCCGUCAUCUCCUACACGGGUUACGACAUGGAGGACGCCAUGAUUGUGAACAAGUCGUCGUGGGAGAGAGGCUUCGCCCACGGGAGCAUCUACAAGAGCGAACUAGUGGACCUGGCAGAAAAAGUGAGGGGAGAGGACGCAGUGGUGUUUGGGACAAAGGCGGGUGACCCGAAAGUAAACGACAGACUGGACGCUGAUGGACUGCCUCGUAUCGGAUCAAAGCUUCAGUACGGAGACCCCUUCUAUAGCUACAUCAACCUGAACACAGGCCAGUCCUUCAUCACCUACUACAGGAGCCAAGAGGCCUGCGUUGUUGACAAUAUAAAGAUCUGUAGUAAUGACACCGGCUCAAGCUGUUUUAAGCGGAUCUGCAUCACCAUGCGAGUGCCACGAAAUCCCACCAUUGGAGACAAGUUUGCCAGCCGCCACGGCCAGAAGGGCAUCCUGAGUCGGCUUUGGCCAGCGGAGGACAUGCCGUUCACCGAGAGCGGCAUGACCCCGGACAUCCUGUUCAACCCGCACGGCUUCCCGUCCCGCAUGACCAUCGGGAUGCUGAUCGAGAGCAUGGCCGGCAAGUCCGGCGCCCUGCACGGACUGAGCCACGACGCCACCCCCUUCACCUUCUCCGAGGAGAACUCGGCACUAGAGCACUUUGGCAAAUUGCUCCGGGCGGGCGGCUACAACUAUUACGGCACGGAGCGGCUGUACAGCGGCCUGAGCGGUCUGGAGCUGGAGGCCGACAUCUUCAUCGGCGUGGUCUACUAUCAGAGACUGCGCCACAUGGUCUCCGACAAAUUCCAAGUGAGGACCACGGGGGCGAGGGACAGAGUGACAAACCAGCCCGUCGGAGGGAGGAACAUCCAGGGAGGCAUUCGCUUCGGGGAGAUGGAGCGCGACGCCCUGCUGGCUCACGGCUCCUCCUUCUUGCUGCACGACCGCCUCUUCAACUGCUCGGACCGCUCGGUGGCCCAGGUGUGCGUGGACUGCGGCAGCCUCCUCUCCCCGCUGCUGGAGAAACCCCCGCCCCACUGGUCAGCCAUGCGCCACCGCCAAACCGUCUGCACCCUGUGCGGCAAAAGUGACUCCAUCGACUCGGUGUCUGUUCCCUAUGUGUUCCGCUACUUUGUAGCCGAGCUGGCAGCCAUGAACAUCAAACUGGGCCAGGAUGCCUGGGAGGUCCAGCACAGUGGGGAUCGUGUAGGUUGGUUUCACAGAACCAUCCAAAGCGGCACCGCCCUCAGGGCUGAUCCAAACGGUGGCCCGCACCCGGGCAUCACCCCCCCCUUUAAUGUCAGUGUCCAGAGAGUCUCCCACCAUAAUGCAGUCCUGCGCCUCCACCUCCAGCAGGUCGAAGCACAACGUGAAGAUGGACAGACACGGUUUCUGCUCCACGUGCUCCCCCCCGAUCACUAUUCUGUCAAAGAACUCCUCACACUGGACCGCCUCCACUUUCUCCCUCUGAGUACGAGCCUCUCCAUUGGUCAGCAGCAGCAGCUUGUACGUGCGGCGCAGUUGUCUCAGGAGGUUUUUUACUUCAGGGGUCAGGCAGAGAACCUCCAGCCGGCUAUUUUUCCACAGGUAGUAGCAUUGACUGGCCAAGGAGGGAGCGAAGGAGCUGCCCACGGUCUCAGUGAUGCUCUCCUCCCAGUGACAAACGCGAAGGCCAUCCAUGGAUCUGCCAGAUGA